AUGUUUUCUGAUCCUGAAUCAAUUAUAAUUAUUACUAAAUUCAAUAAUUUGUCUCAAUCACUCUUAAUUGCUUAUUGUCAAACUUUUGGUAAAGUUAUGCGAUGUUUAACCGAGAUCUCUACCCAAGCUGAAAAUAAAGAUUCAUAUGUUCUAAUUCAAUUUACAGAAGCAUCAAGUGUUACUUCUGUUCUUAGUCAUCGUAAUCACAUUAUCAAUGGUGUACACAUUUCAAUGCAAAAUUACCAUCGUGAUACAUAUAAAUCUAUUCCAGUUCAAAAACCAUCAAGUUUAAAGACGUUAACUCAACAAAAUCAGAUUACAUCAAAUAACAAUCAUGAAAAGACACCAGAACCAAUGAAUUACAAUAAAAUAAUGCGAGAAAACUUUGCACUUAAACAUGAUAUAGCUAAUCUUAAUCAGGCAUUCGUUGGAGCACAAACAUAUGCUAAAAUAGCAUAUGAUGCAUAUAAAGUUUUGCAAGAAAAAUUUGAGGUCGAACAAGCUCUUACAAAGAAACUCAAGUUAGAAUGUACAACUAUAACUGAAUCAUAUGAAGCUCGAUUAAAAGAAUUAUCAUCAUCAUUAGUAUCAUCUUCGAGAGCAACAACAAAACAAGAUAAAAUAAAAGAAGAACCAAUUGAUUUUGAUUCUCAAAGAGAAUGCAUAGAAAAACAUUUACAUGAAAUGAAAAUAAUAAAAGAUCAUCUAGAACAAGCACAAGUUGAUUUAGGUAAAUGUCAAACUAAAAUUGUUUUACUUAAUGCAAAAUUAAUUGCACGUGAACAUCAAUUUGAUAAUCGUCAUAAAGAAUUAAAUAAUCGAUAUAGAAGCAUGAAAAAACAAUAUGAACAUCUAUUAUCAUGUAUUCAAGAUUUUCAGGCAAAAUUAUAUCCAAAUAUGCGAUUGAUACCAGAAUCAAAAGAAUGUAAUAUGAAUAAAUGGGAUCAAAGAAAUAAUAAUGAAACAAACGAUUCAAAUGAAGAUAUAGAAGAAAUAGUUAUGGAAGUAGAACCAACAUUGUCAUAG